UUCCUUAUCACAAAGAUAAACUUUCCAUCCUUUUCUCUCUGUGUAGAUCUAUCUCUGUGAAACCAUGGAAGGAGUGUCUUCAGCAGCCAUUGAAGUUCUUCUCCAAAACCUCAUCAACCUUUUCAAGGAUGAGUACUCUCUGCUUCGAGGUCUCGAUGGAGAUGCACAGCAGCUGCAGAGGACUCUGGGGAUGAUUCAAGCCUACUUGAAUGAUGCUGAGAAGAAAUCUAUCACCCAAGAUGCUGUCAAGAUAUGGUUGAGGGAGCUUGAAGCCAUGGCUUUCGAUGCAGACAAUGUCCUGGAUGAACUCAACUAUCAUCUUCUCCACAAAAAAGUACAGAAGAUGAAAUCAUCCAAGGAUAAGGUACUCUCAUGCUUCUCAUCCUUUAAUGGAAUUUCACGUCGGCGUGAUAUGGCUUACACAAUCAAACAAAUCAAUGCUACUUUUGAGUGUAUGAACAAAAGGGCAACAGAGCUUGGCAUUCAAAGCAUGGUUCUGAAUGCACCUGCUGCUGCUGCUCAUACUUCCACUGAGACGGAUUCGUUCAGUCUUGAUCCAAUUUUUAUUGGAAGAGAUGAUGAUGUGCCUAAACUAGUUCACAUGCUCACCGAGGUCCAGGAUGAUCGGAUCUUUUCCAUGGUCGCCCUUGUCGGAAUGGGGGUAUGGGGAAGACUACAUUGACUAGGAAAGUCUUUAAUCACGAAAGCUUAAAGGCUCGAUUCGGAUCACUUAUUUGGGUUCAUGUUUCCCAAAAUUUUGAUCCAAUCAGUCUUUUUAAAAAAAUUCUUUCAGCAUUGGUUUCAGAUAUUGGUGAUGGAGGUGAGAACAGAGAACUUAUGUUGAAAAAGCUUCAAGAAUCUCUCAAGGGUAAAACCUAUCUUCUUGUUCUUGAUGAUAUAUGGAAUGAUGAUGUUUCGAAAUGGGAAGACUUUAUAAACUCCAUAUUGGGAGUUACUUCUACUAAUGGAAAUGGCAUUAUCAUCACCACCAGGAGUGAAAAAGUUGCUUCUAUUGUUAACCCAUUUCAUAUUCAUCAUUUGAAUGGCUUAUCAGAUGAAGAUUGUUGGUCUAUAAUCAAAGUCAAAACUUUUGAUGAAAAUGGUGAAGUUCCAUCACGAUUCGAGAUGAUUGGAAGAAAGAUUGCUAAAAGAUGUCAGGGUAUGCCCUUAGCUGCCAAUGUAGUCGGGGGAGUGCUUCGCGGUAAGCCUGAAGAAGAGUGGAGCUUCAUCAAAGAAAAUUGGUUUUCAGAUGCUAAAGGAGGUGAAAAUAUCUCAAAAAUACUGAAAUUGAGCUAUGAUCACCUCUCUUCACCAUCGCUCAAGAAGUGCUUCACGUUUUGUUCGAUUUUCCCCAAAGGUCGGGAAAUCGUGAAGGGGGAGUUGAUUGAACUAUGGAUGGCAGAAGAGUUUCUUCAACCAAGCCGAAGAGAUUAUAUGGAGUUCGUGGGUAACAUGUUUUUUAAUGUGCUUCUACAAAACUCUUUGUUGCAAGUUGCAUAUAGAGAUAUAUAUGGAAAUGUUUCAGUUUGUGUGAUGCAUGAUCUUGUGCAUGAUCUAGCAUCUUCUGUUCUAUCUAAUAAUACAGAUGGCAGUACCCAAGUUCGAUACAUGUUUCUCAAAGAAGAAUCCAUUCCUAUUCCAAAAGAAGUGGCCAAGCAUUUGCGUACAUUAUUCUUGGAUGGUGGAAUUCCUUGUACUAUAUUCCGAAACUUUAAAUGUCUGCAUAAUCUAACUCUUUCGGGUGAUUACAAAGAGUUGCCCGAUUCAAUUAAAGAGUUGGUACAUUUGAGAAAUCUGAAUAUUUAUGGUACAGAAAUUGUAAACUUGCCGAAGUGGAUUGGUAAACUCCAUCACUUGCAAACACUAAGAGCAUGCCAGGAGUUAAAGAAUCUUCCAAGUACGUUGAAGUAUAUGUUUAACUUAAGGCAUCUUCAUAUCUAUUCUUAUACAAAGUUGCCGGCGGAGAUUGGGAGAUUAACUAGUCUCCAAACACUACCUCACUUCAUAGUAGGCAAAGAGAAGGGCUACCAAAUUGAAGAGGUUGGAAGUUUGAAGAAUCUCAAAGGAACACUAGUGAUUCGUAAUCUAGAGAUGGUGCGUGAUAAGGAAGAGGCUCUGAAAGCAAAUAUGUUUCAGAAGCCAAACUUAUUUGAUUUGGUGUUUCAAUGGGAUAAAGGUAGAGAAGAUGAAACAAAUGAUGAGAGUGUACUGGAAGGCCUCCAACCUCAUGCUAAUCUAAAGAAGUUGGAGAUUGUCGGAUUCAAAGGAAAAUGAUUUCCAACAUGGACUGAGAAGAUGGCAAUACAUGAUGGGCCUCAAGGCUCUUCGGUACCACUUGCCAACUUAAUUGAAAUUACACUCUCUGAGUGCUCAGAAAUAGAGGAAAUCCCAGCACUUGAGCACUUGUCUAAUCUCAAGUCUCUUUCUUUGAAAGGAUUGAAGAAGGUGAGGCUCAUAAAUACUUCAUUCAAUCAGUUAACGUCACUCCAAAUAGAAGAGUUAGAUCGAUUGGAAUGUCUGCCAGAAUGGUUAUUCCUUAACAAUCAGAAUCUCACAUAUUUUGGAAUAUGCAACUGUCAUGUGUUGAGAGAAUUACCAGAUGGCUUGGACACGCUCACCUUUCUGAAGAAUUUGCUUAUUUGGGGUUGUGAGAAUCUGAAGUCGAUUGGGAAUCCAAGUGGUGGAGCAAGACAAUCAGAAGGGAUCCUCCGUGGGCUAAGAAUUAUAGAAUGCGGAGAGCUGAUGGAGUUGCCGUGUGAAAUGCUAGAGUUGUGGGCCCCUACAAUUAAGUAUCUCUCAUUGGAGAGAUUAAGGAGGCUAAAGAAUCUACCAGUGCUAAUCGACUGCCUCGCUAAAUCAUCUACUUGUCUCACACAAUUGAAAAUCAAAGGUGUUCCUAAAUUGAUGGCUGCUAGUAGUGGUAAUGUUGAGAGUUGGGAUCUUAGCAGCUUGAAAGAAUUAGAUGUAGAUGUGAGUGUGGAAUGGUCAAGAGAGGAUAGUGUUGGCAUUGCAGAGACUGUGGAAGGAAUGCUGCAGAGAUGCUGCAACUCACUUAAUAACUUACAUUUUAAGGGGGUGGAAAAUUGGGCAUGGCUGCCCCAAUCAAUUCAAAAUCUCACUGUUCUUGAUUGGUUAUGGUUGGAGAAUAUAGGAGUAGAAGAAUUGCCCCAAUGGUCAAGGAACCUCUCAUCUGUGAUACAGUUAUGCCUAUAUAGAUGCAACAAGUUGAAGCGUCUGCCCUCUGUGGAUGCAUUGAAGCACCUCACCGUUAAUGAUUGACCAGAACUACGUAUUGAUUCGGAGUGGCGCAAACACCAUCGCCUUCUGAAUAUCUAUGUCAAUGGCCACCCCGUUUGAAUGUUGUAGCAACGUGGAGGGAGUUGGUGGCCAUGAAUGGAUGGAUCCGAAGUUGGUGGCCAUGGCUGCAGCAGGCUAAAAUCAAAGUGAGAUGGUUGCUACACCUAAUCCUUUAAAUAGGAAUGAAUGCUUGAUUGCUUGAAUAUUGCGCCAACACAUUCACGUGCAACUAUCAUUUCUUGCCUUAAUCAAUCAUAUAAUGGAGGGAGUACAGUGUUUCGUAUGUGUAUUGGAGGUAUUUGGCACUCUGUCAGAUGCUGCUUGGGGUGGCCGUUGCUUGAAAACCAGUGGAUCUUUAUUCGGGUUUUGCCAUCCUGUGCAUGCGGGAGUUUGCAUGGUGAACUUGCGUAUGAUAGUUUGGUAAAGAUGGUAUCGAUGCAUCAAGUUACAUGAGACUUGAUAUGGUUGAUUGUAGAAAUGUUAUUAGCAGUAUCAGAAAUUCUGAGUUGUUGAAUAGUUGAUGCAUCCUAAGUUGAGUAGAUUUUAUAAUUCAAUAUUUUCACUUGCUUAUUUGGUUGGUUUCUGUUGGUAUGUAUGUGGGUUACUCUUGCCACCAUAUUACUUCUUCCCAAGGCA